CACAUUGCCUGCCAUGGCUGACACAUAUCUUUNNUCUUUCCUGCGCUCGCCAACCGAGUCUGCGCUUGCACCUGAUGCUGCCCUUCACUACAUCACCACGACUACCUCGGUCCACGAGUCCGCCGCCAUCAUCAGACACUACCAGGCACAGGACAAGGUCGUCAAGAAGAAGUCAGAACAUGUCUUGAGCUCCUUUGGCAGCUCCGACGGUGCCGUCGUCGAGACCGACACAACCUUUGAGUUCAUCCGUGGAGGCGGUGCUAUCCUUCCUCAGAUGGAUGACAACAUGCUGGCCGACUCGGUCGCUUCUCUUCCCAUGGUUGNNGUACACGUCGUCCAAUACAACAACCAAGGCAAGAUCAGCCAGAUCAGACUCUAUUGGGAUCAAGCAACCAUGCUCAGACAAGUCGACGCCAUUGGCAAGAGCGGUCGCAACUGGCCUAUCCGCGACGGCACCAACAUGGUCAAGACAAUCAAGAACAGCAUCAACAAUGCCGGCUCGACUACCGCAUCGCUGCCCACUCGUCCUGUCUCGAACGAUGUAAGCACAUCCACACAGGCGCAAGCCGGUGGCCGCCAGAACGGUGACUUCCACGCUCGUCUGUUUGCCACUGGCGAGAGUCAGGAACCCCGUGCCCAGGCCAGCGCCAACCCUGAAUAUGCUGUUCGUACAUCGGCCAAGCCCGCUCCUCGUCAGAUGGAUGAAAUCUUCGCCAACGGUAGUUCUAACGAAGGUUACAAGCCCGAAGGAAAGCCUAAGGCCGGUUCUGGCAAAAACUUCCACGAUAACCGCCUCUUCGACGAGAACACGCAGCCCCAACGCAUUCUUUCCNCCGAAAGCAAGAAGAUCGACCCCAAGAAGUUUGAUCAUUUCGAGUUCCCCAACGGCGAGGGUAGUGCCUCCGCUUCAGACAUGUACAGAAACAUGUCUACCAAGGACUCGAAACACACCAGCAACUGGGACUUCCAAGACUUUACUACUCCUGAAAAGCACAAGCCUAGACCGAACCCUGAGCAGGAGCGCCAUAUCGGUCCCGGUGUAGACGAGAAGCGCCCCAUCGUUCACGCCGCUCGUCCAGACGCCAAUGCUCACUUCGAGAUCUCGGACGAUAGCCCUGCUGGUCCCAAGGCGCCCUUCAGCAACCACACCAACGUCGACAAGUCUAGACGUGGCGAUGAAUACCAACCUCACUUCAACCUUGGCCAAUCAGAUGCCCCCAAGAAGAUCUACAAGACUGCUGGAAACGGAAUGGGCGGCCGUGCUGGCGCUCCUACCCUUUGGGAUGAGCCUGAAGCACCCGGUCCUGAGAAAGCCAUCUACAAGACUUACGGCAACGGCAUGGGUGGGCGCAGAGACGGUGGUCUCUCAUGGGACAUCGGCGACGAGGGUGACAGCUCCAGACAGCCCGCCAUCUACAAGACACGAGGCGAUGGCAUGGGAGGUCGUCGUGACAAGAAUGCCACAACCGAGAACGACACUGUUUCUGGCGCCAAGGGAUACGCUUCCUCUGCACGCGCUCAGAACUACCACUCUUCGCAAAGAGAUGACGAGUACGAGUUC